AAAAGACAUUUAGUCAUCGUCUAAAAGGGGGCAAUAUUGCAACAUGUUCUUCUCCCUGUUGGUGUGUUAUGACUGAUUUGUUAUUGCGACACGUUACAGGAAGGGUAAACGCCAUGAAGACAUGAAUGCAAUGGAGAAACCCAAUCUGACUUUUUAGCUCUGCGCAUUAACGAGGUGUAGCCUGAACGAGUGCUCUUGAGGACCACGGGCAACACGAUUCCGAGAUGGCCAAGGCAGUCGAACACGGGUUGAAGAAGGUCAACGAGAUCUAUGACCAGGGCGAUCUCAUGUGCGAGCUCAACAGAACGACCAUCUUGACCCGACAGACCAACGAUGACGGCAGCCAAGCCUACGGCAAGAUCAACGUCGUCAAAGGCAUGCAGUGGAACCCCAUCAAGAUACCUUCGGAUGUUCUUCUGGAGAAGUGCAAGCUCCUUGGGUCGGAUCAAAUCGUUGGUGUCGUCUCAGGGAAGAAACUGAGCGUUUACGACACACGUGGGCAUCAUAUUCGACUGAUAGACGUCCAAAAGAAGGGUCGGGUCAAGACCGUGGAGAACAUCAACGCCAUUGCGGUUAUAACGGACAAGAUCCUUGUUGCGGAAUCGCAGCGUUACAAUAACCUGAUACAUGUUGUGGAUUACAAUUCUGGAGAUGCCGUCAUGUCGCUGACCAUUGACCAGAAGAUUACCGGAAUUAUUCCCAUUCGGACCGGGCUAGUUCUUGUGAGGUUAAAGGAGAAGAUCCAGGCCGUCGACUACGCGCACUAUCCCCGAGUGGACAUCACCGAGGUCAUCGCCUACGGUCGGACCCUUGUCAACAUGUGUGUGAAAGGCGGCAACGACGAGCUCUACGUCAUGUUCGUCAAGGGAGUUACAUCCAAGGUUCUUGAAAUCCACGUCCUGGAUGACAAAUACCAAGAACUUCACAGAACAAAGAUCACCCACUCCACAUCCAUCUUGAGUUUAAGGGCGGUGUAUACAUCACAAGGACCGGGUUAUCUGGUCAUUCAAAUGGGAUCCACCAUCUUCACUUUCAAAUGCUCGUUUGGUCAUCGGAAAGGACCAGCUAAAGAAAGCGAACUUAAGAGCCCGACAAAAAAGAAAUUCUACGCAGAGAGGCAGCUGCCGCCUCCUUCAGUCCCGAAGCCCAGUACCGAGAAGGAAAAAUCAGAAGACGCCCAGACUGAAAAGGACAAAGAUGAUGACGAGUCUGCCGAAUCCGCCCCAAAUACUCCGACUGUAAAACAGAAGACGUUGGACUUUGGACCGGUACUCCUCGAUUCAAACGACCCGAAGUCAGCUGAAAAAGAAAAGAGCAAGUUAGCGGGAGAAACUACCAUUGCGUCUGAGAAGACCGAAUCGAGAAGGGACAAACCAAAUACAGCAGAGAACCGAAAACCGAACCCUUCGUCACCCAAACCGGUCCGGCAGAACAUACAGAAUGUAACAACGUCACAGGAUAAACCCGAAAUGCCAUCUAUAUUGCUUACAGGGAGGGAUUCCUUAAAAGGAAAAAUGCGAAAUGCCGCUGAGGGAGGGAACAAACCAGAUAAUGUUCAGCGUGAUUCGAACCAGACCUCAAGGCUACCAGAUGAGGCACAAAAUACACCAGCCUUUGAGUCCAGCUACAUCGGUGAAGAGGGCGGUGUGAUACAAAGCAACAAAUACGGAUUCUCUCUCAGCAUCCCUCCUGGCGCCAUCGCAAAGGGCCAACGCAAAUGGAUAGGCGUGGGACUAUCACGCGAAUCUCCCACCAGUGGAACAUCAGCGGGAGGAGUCAGCAUCUCGCCCAUGAUCUGCUCCGAGCCGUCGGGGCUAGAACUGGAAAAGCCUGCGCGGAUCAAUCUACAGCAUUGUCUGAGCUCGUGGUCGAAUGAUACUCACGUCCGCGUCCACGAACUUGCGGGUGACAGCGAUAGACAAGGUGGACCCGGUGGUAGAGGAAACGAGAAAGAAGCAAAAUGCUUGAUCGGAAAGAAUGGUGAGCUAACCCUCGAUGUGACGCGACUUGGACGGUACUCGUUGACAGUGAUGGGCAGUGAGGUUUACAAGAAGCUCGUCUGUCGUCCCUUCAUUCCCAAGAGGAUGCCGACCACGAAGAAACCCAUCAUCAACGUCCUGAUCUAUGACCUCACAGACGGAAUGAAGAAGAUGAUGAUGGAGGAGAUAGAGAAUGAGUCUCCCUAUCCAGUCAUCCCAGCCCACAUAGGAAAGAACUUCAUAUUCAAUCUCAAUGGACAAGACGCACAAGAGAUUCAACUCACCUGCCACGCAGUUGGGUACAUGGAGGUGAAAUCGCUGUCGGCAAGUGAGCUGAUUGAGUUUAAGUCCAAUUCAGUGGACUUUCAGGUCGACUGCAGCAAUGGACGAGCACAAGACAUCACUAUAGAGCUUUGUUUUGGCAACAAGAAAAUUGACAUGAUAUGUCAUGUAGAUAUUCCCUCCGGCGCUCAAGAUCAGCAUAGCGCACUACCGCGAUAUCAGUCCACAGAGAAUGUGUAUUCUAGCCAAAGCAAACCUUUGCCACCAGCGGACGUCGGCCACCAAACUGAUGUCCCAUCCCAGGUCAUUCACGAGAUCGCUAGCGAGGUACCGCAUAACUACUACAUUCCUUUAGGCCUCAAGCUCGGUCUGGAGAAGGCCAAACUGGACUCCAUAUUGGUGAGCUGUGCCAGCGAUUCCGAGGAAGCCACCUACAGGGCUCUGGAGGCUUGGAAGAACAGGAUCGGGGUGGACAAUCGAGAGAGGUUGAGGGAUAUUCUGGUGGCGUCGGAUUUGAGGAGGAUCGCGGAGAAGUUCUUGAAUUGAGCAAGCGUAGUCGUUCAAGAUAAGUCGAAAAACAUUCUAGUUCUGAGUAUUUGAAGGGGGUCGUAGAAAAUCUUAAAAUGGACAUAGUAAGUCUUUCAAGAAAAGUCUAAGCCACCUACCGGGCACUGGAAGCUUGGAAGAAUAGGAUCGGGGUGGACAAUCGAGAGAGGUUGAGAGUUAUUCUGGUGGCGUCGGAUUUGAAGUUCCUAAAUUGAACAGACCAAGUAGUUAAAGAUGGGUAGACAGACAUUCUAGUUCUGAGUUUUUAAAAGGGCUCUUAGAAAAUCCUUAAAUGAAAUACAAACUCAUUCAAGAAAAGUCGAAGCUACCUACAGAUCUCUGGAAGCUUGGAAGAACAGAAUCGGGCUUGACAAUGAGCGGCAUUCUGGUGCUGCGGAUUUGAACAAGUCAUCAAAGAGACGUUCAAAGACAUUCUUGCGUCUGUGGAUUUAAAGAGGAUCGUAUGUGAGUUUUCUGAAUAGAACCACUUAAAUCAUUGAAGAUUAAUUGAAAGACAUUCUGGUGAAAGUGGAAUGGACAAGGAUCGCGGUGAAUAUCAAAUGGUGCCGUGGCCGAGUGGUCUAAGGCGCCUGGCUAUACAUGGAACGUCCGGAGUUCGAUCCCCAGCCGCGG